AUGAAACGGGUUCAAAGAAUAACCUUCACGCUGCAAGUUGCCAGAGAGUUGAGGAAAAGACAGGUCGAACUGUUGGCGCCGUUGAUAAGGAAUAGAAAGGCCUACGUGGAAGGGAGAUUCUCCGGAGAUGAAAUGGCGAGUCCCGUUGGGGCUGCUUACUUGGACUCGUUGUUCGGGUUGGAGGUGCCUGGACGUGGACAGUUGGGGGAGGAAGAGCUCGUGACGCUCGUGUCGGAGGUUAUCAGCGCUGGGACGGACACGAGCGCCACCGCGGUGGAGUGGGCGCUGUUUCAUUUGGUGGUGGAUCAAGAGAUUCAGGAGAGGUUGUACAAAGAGAUUGUGGACUGUGUGGGGAAGGACGGGGUGAUUACGGAGAGUCACGUUGAGAGGAUGCCUUACCUGAGCGCCGUGGUGAAGGAGACCUUCCGGCGUCACCCGCCGAGCCACUUCGUGCUGUCCCACGCUGUGACAGAGGAUACUAAGCUGGGAGGGUAUACGGUCCCGAAGAACGCGAGUGUGGAGUUUUACACGGCCUGGUUGACGGAGGAUCCGAAUAUGUGGGAGGAUCCGAAUGAGUUCCGACCCGAAAGGUUUUUGAGCGGGGAUGGGGUUGACGUGGACGUGACCGGAACGAAAGGUGUGAGGAUGAUGCCCUUCGGUAUAGGGAGGAGGAUUUGUCCGGCGUGGAGUUUAGGCAUGGUGCAUAUAAACUUGUUAUUGGCUAAGAUGGCGCAGGCUUUCCACUGGUCGUCCAUCGCGCCUAAAGCAAGAAUCAUUUCCCCUUCCUCAUCGACGACGACUAGAAUCACUUUGACGCAUCUCCUCAACAGAUGUCUUCUUUCUAGUAUCAUCAAGCAUCUUCAUACGAAGUUUCACCUAAUGCCAUGUCACCCAACAUUUCAUUCACACGUCAUUACCAAUAUUGCCACUCUUUUGUCACGUUAA